AACAAUGUCAAAACCGGUAGAAAUUCAAAAUGGCCGCAGAUAGAUUUAAAUUUAUGACGAGGUUUUUAAAUUCGAAGUUAUACAAUGAAAUUCGAAGUAGAAGAUGCUGUCACGCAGCUAGUUUACGGUUACCGAUUCAGAGAGAAUCGAAGAAAUAUAUAUUAAGCAACCAUUGUGAUUUUCAAAUUAGACCUGUCCGAAAAUUUUUUAAUCCAUUAUCUAGUAAACGAAAAGAAUACUCAGAAAGGAGGAUUUUAGGAUAUAGUAUGGAGCAAAUGUUUGAUGUUGUAGCUGGUGUAGAACAUUACAAUAAAUUUGUUCCUUGGUGUGUUAGCUCUGUGGUCAAAAAACGACGACCUGACUAUAUAAAAGCUGACUUAGAAAUAGGGUUUUCACCAUUACUGGAACGUUAUACAUCAUCAGUAACACUUAUAAAGCCACAUUUGGUAAAGGCAAUCUGUACAGAUGGACGGCUUUUUAACCAUCUAGAAACAAUUUGGCAUUUCAGUCCAGGCAUACCAAAUAAUUCAAAGACAUGUACUUUAGAUUUUCAGGUAUCAUUUGAAUUCAGAUCAUUGCUGCAUUCACAGUUAUCAACUGUAUUCUUUGAUGAAGUGGUACGUCAAAUGGUUAAUGCCUUCCUGCAAAGAGCAGAACAUCUGUAUGGAAAACAGUCAAUUAAGAAUCAGCCUCCAACAGUACUUUCCAAUGUUUCGUAACAUUUAUAGACAUUAAUUAAUAAAUUUGUAAAUACAUAGUUUCUUUAAGAUUAAAUAACUAGGCAGUCAUGAUAUACAAUAUCCAUGCAUUUUAUUGCAUUACUGUUUGUUUAAGAUGCUUUUGCAUCAGAUAUCAUAUAACAUGAUAGCCAGAAUCCUGUUAAAUUUUAGUAUUUCAUGCAGUCUUUUAGUAUUAUGCAUGAAAUUCUAAAGUAUGAAAUACUUCUGUUUUUAGUUUUUCAAAUGCCAGAUUUGUAGUUUAUAAUUUAAUUUUAAUUUAUUAUUUUUUAUUAAGUAAUCAUUAUAAAUAAAUAGAUUUUUUACUAACAACAAUAUACAAAAACUGUCUUACACACAUUUCUUUCAUGAACAUAAUAUCAACCUUUGUAUCAAAUAUAUUUACUUCUGCAGUCCUUGUUCCUAAUUAUCCCCCAUUCAAUUAAACAUAUAUAUUUCUUUUUAUAAUUGUUUUUAUCAUCAAAACUUACAGUCUUAGACAAGGUAUUAAAAAGAAAAGUAAACUGGUCAUUGCAUGGUAUAUUUAAGCAUUUUUAUGUAAAGAUUUAUAACUUUGAUUUGAUAUAACUAUAUUUAUUUGGAUAGAAUAUAUUAAUACACAUUAUAUUUAUUGUUUCAAAUUAUUGAAAUUUAUUUCUAUAUCUAGACAACAAUUGCCUUAAAAAUUUUGAUCUAUUAGGUAUGUUAUACAUAAUUCAGAAUCAAUAAUUUAUUUUUUGAAUUUGGAUGAUUUCCUCUUCUUUUUGUAUCAGUAAUAAUAUACAAUAUUUAAAAUUUUUAAUAUCAUAA